AUGGCGAAGCAAAGCAGCAUUUUCAAUUUUUUCAAUAAGUCUCCGCCACCUGUUCGGAAGGCGAAACCGAGUCCCUCGCCUACAGAAGCUGACUUGCCAUCCUCGGUUCGAAAAAACAACAACUCGCCAAAAGAUGAAACUAAGCAAGCAUCUCAAACUCCGACCACUAAAAAGACUCCUGCAAAACCACACAAUGCAAAAGCGAUCAAAGGCGGAUUCGGAAAACUCUUUGGGAAUAAGACACCAACAGUAAAUGAGAGGUAAGGCAGAUCUAAAGUUACUUAGCAAGCUAGCACAAGAACAACGUUGCUCUGAUGUGGCCUUGCGGUAGCUAGCUAGCUAACUAUAGUUCGUGUGGUAAUGACGUUUGAUUUGUGAACUACCUAGCUAAAAGGAUCGUCGACACAGAGACGUUAUGCAAGGUAAUACGAUUAACUUGUCAGUUGAUGGUAGUGAUUUGUCUAUCAAAUCAAAUGUUAUUUGUCACAUGCGCCGAAUACAACAGGUGUAGACCUUACAGUGAAACGCUUACUUACAAGCCCUUAACCAACAAUGCAGUUUUAAGAAAAAUAAGUGUUAAGUAAAAAAUAACAAAACAAUUUAAAUAACAAAUGAUUGAAGAGUUGCAGUAAAAUUACAGUAGCGAGGCUAUAUACCGGUACAGAGUUAAUGUGCGGGGGCACAGCAGGUUAGUCGAGGUAAUGUAGGUAGAGUUAAAGUGACAAUGCAUAGAUAAUAAACAGAGAGUAGCAGCAGCGUAGUGGAGGAGGGGGUGAAAAAUGCAAAUAGUCCGGGUAGCCAUGAUUAGCUGUUCAGGAGUCUUAUGGCUUGGGGGUAGAAGCUGUUAAGAAGCCUUUUGGACCUAGACUUGGCACUCCGGUACCGCUUGCCGUGCGGUAGCAGAGAGAACAGUCUAUGACUAGGGUGGCUGGAGUCUUUGACAAUUUUUAAGGCCUUUCUCUGAUACCGCCUGGUAUAGAGGUCCUGGAUGGCAGGACGCUUGGCCCCAGUGAUGUACUGGGCCGAACGCACUACCCUCUGUAGUGCCUUGCGGUCGGACUUCGAUGUGCACCCAUUGUCUGACUGUUGCUGAUGGAGAAAUUAUCCAUUCUGAUCAAGCAUGUCAAUGUACACUGUAACAUGCAUGCGUCCUCAUUUGGUGGAGAACAUGUCAUGUAAUUCAACACUUGCAUGCGACUGGCAUGAAUGGGGGUCAUGGGUGGAGUAAACCCAGGGUGACCACUUACAGAUGUGGUCACCAGAUGGUUUGUUUUUCAAUGUAGCUAGGAGGCCAAUAUUUAGAGGGACAAGGCAUCAUAUCUUCACUUCAAUGUAAAACAAAUCAGUGAGGGAACUCUAGAUGCGUCCCAAUCUCUUUCCUACUGAAGUGUGCACUCUUUCACUGCUCCCCACAAAUGUAAAAAGCGUUGGAUAGACGUGUGCUAGAGUAGACGAGGGAGUUGCCAUACCAGUAAUUUCAUUUAAAAUCCAUGAAGAGAGGUAAACAAGUGGAGAAAGGAGAGAUUAUUUCUAGGCAAACCAUUGUCUGUAUUAUUCUCCAUCUUCUUUUCUUCCAGUCCAUUCAGUGCUGGAGCCUUGGUGUAGGCCAAGCUAGAAGGGCACCCCUGGUGGCCGUGUAUGGUAGUGCCCCAGCCCCUCUGCGGGCAGCAGAUGAGGGGCAGGGGUAAAACCCAGCCCCUGCACGUCCACUUCCUCGACGAGCCUCCGACCAGGGGCUGGGUCAGCACCAAAUGCAUCCGCGAGUAUCACGGUGAGAAAGCUGUGGUUUACCUGUGGAAAACUCCCUGCCUUUACUAUCUACAGGGUGCUACGUCACCACCUGUGCACAUGGACAUCAAUGGUCUAUCUAUUAUAGGUUAGCCUGGUCUCAGAUCUGUUUGUGCUGUCAUGUAGCCUGGUCCCAGAUCUGUUUGUGCUGUCAUGUAGCCUGGUCCCAGAUCUGUUUGUGCUGUCAUGUAGCCUGGACCCAGAUCUGUUUGUGCUGUCAUGUAGCCUGGUCCCAGAUCUGUUUGUACUGUCAUGUAGCCUGGUCCCAGAUCUGUUUGUGCCGUCUUGCCAACGCUUAUGUUUGUUGUCAUGAAUGACAAUCACCAUUGGAGUUAGCACGACGGCACGAGCAAAUCUGGUAUAAGGCUAAUUCUAGCUAUGCUAUGGCGAGUGAGGAUGAAUACAAGAUGUCAGUUAAGAUUUAAGCUAUAUUUCUACAGCAAUAACUUCUCCAAAACAUGCCUUGUAUUGAUUCUAGAGCCAUAUACACUUUGGAGUGUACUAAAAAUAAUGUCCUUUCUCAUUUGUACUCCCUCCCAGGCUCAGACAGGAGUGAUGCUAUGACAGGAGGGCUGUUCUUCAGUGGUAAGCCUGUGAUCCGCAGGGCCAUGGAGCUGGCUGAUGCUGCUCUGCUGCAGACGGCUCAGAGACCAGACUGA